AUGCCUACCAACCUAAAGCUAAGUAAGGAUGAAUCCGGGAAAGGGGUAGAUGAAACAUUGUAUAGGAGCAUGAUUGGUAGCCUCUUGUACCUCACUGCUAGUAGACUAGACAUAACUUUUAGUGUUGGAGUGUGUGCUAGGUAUCAGGCAUGUCCUAAGGAAUCUCAUCUCAUAGCUCUUAAGCGUAUCAUUAGGUACAUUGCUGGUACUUUAGAGUUGGGUCUUUGGUAUCCAUUUGACACUCAUUCUGAUGUAGCUUGCUACACUGAUGCCGAUUGGGCUGGAAAUGUGGAUGAUAGGAAAAACACUUCAGGUGGUUGUUUCUAUAUUGGAAAUUGCUUGGUUGUUUGGAUGAGUAAGAAGCAAAACUCUAUUUCGCUUUCCAUAGCUGAAGCGGAAUACAUUGCUACCGCACAUCCAGCUUCGUCUACUGCUGGUGAUUCAGCACCUACGGUCAGUCGAUUCUCCUUUAUUUCCAGCAGUCAGUCGGUUCUCGUCUGGUUCAGUCUGCUACCGUGA